CGAUCCAACAGGCAAAACCCCCUCACGCUCACGCGAUGGGAGUCGCCGCCUCCGCCGCCUCCCCUCCCCCGGAGGCCGCCGAUCCACCAUCCAAAGAAGAUGCCCAGCAUGGCUCCGCCGUCGCCGCAGAAGCUGCGCCCCCGGAGGCCGCUGCGCCCGCCGAUUCACCGGCGAAAGAAGAGGCCCAGUCCGCUCCCGGCGGCGAGGCGGACGCGGCUGGGGAGACGGUGGUCCUGGACGCCUCCGCGGAGGGCGGCGAGGAGGAGGAAGGGGAGUGCGGGUUUUGCCUGUUCAUGAAGGGCGGCGGGUGCAAGGAGGAGUUCGUGGGUUGGGAGAAGUGCGUGGAGCAGGCGGAGGCGGAAGGCAGCGACGUCGUCGAGCGCUGCUACGACGCCACCUCCGCGCUGCGCAGGUGCAUGGACAAGUUCCCCGACUACUACGAGCCCAUCCUCCGCGCCGAGCGCGCCAUGGCCGAGGAUAUCGAGGCCUUCAAGGCCAGCGAAGCCUCCGGGGCCUCCCCUGCCUCGCCGCCGCCCCCGGCGGCCGAGGAGGAACAGGGCGACAGUAAGAAGCAGGCAGAUGCGGCGACGGCGGUGGCGAAGGAGAAGGAGGAUCUUGCGGUCUGAUCCCCUAGGCGCUGGAUCUUGCGAUUUUUUGGUGAGAUUUGAGGCAUCCUUGAUGUGGAUUAUUUUGUUUUACCUUGGGCGUGAUCUGCACGACUGGAGAGGGUGGCCUCUCCAAGAAAAAAAUCGAUUCUUUUGGUGGGAAUUAUACAAUUGUUCACGAGUUCUAACUCGUGAAUUAAUAUGGAGAAGUGAUCUUGUGCUGUAAUAAUCCAAUGCAUGGAUACUGAUUUGACACGAUUAGCUCUCGUGCUGAUCUUAUGCUUCAAAUUUGUAACGCCCAACUCAUCCGUAGCAAACAAUUGACAAGAAGUUUGUCCAGUAAUCAGUUCGUCAAACAAUAACUGAGUGAGCACUAAUCUCCGUUUUUA